AGCCUUUAGAAAGUUAUUAUAGCUAGACUGUGGUUAUUGCACAAAAGGUUGAAAAAUCAUUGGUGUGGAAGAAGUGAAUAUUAUUUCUCACUUUCAUAUACAGUGGUACAAACUGAUACAUAGAAAACAAAAAACAAAAAAGAAGACGAAAACAAACAAAAAAGGAAUACAUUUUGACAUUUUACAAUGUCAGAGUUUGUGUUAUAUGCAGCAUAUUAUAUUCGCUUAAUAACUUAAAGGCCUUAAUAGCUUUUUUUGGGUUUUUAACAUUAGAUAAAAUUGUGCCAUAUUGUUUAAAUUCAUUAAUAAAGUGCAGGAAAGUUGACCGACCAUUUUUUUCAUAUGAACAUGGAAUUUUCCAAAAAUAACAAAUAGUGGAAUGAUAUACAGCAUGCUAUUUUCGAUCUUAUCAUGACUAAAAUAUAACAUUACAUCAAACAUAUCUAUUUCCACAGUGAAGUGAGAGCAGCGGGGAGCUUGCUGUGCGUCUGACUGUCAUGUGAAGUGUCAGUUUGUAACAUGACUCAGAGCGUCACAGGCGGAAGGUCACGGAGCAGCAGGACGGAACGGAAGCGGGAGUAAAAAAGCCUAUCCGCCAUUGUGGAGUAUGAACACAAAGUCGCCGUUUGUAACAGCCAGAAGCAGCCGAUCGUCGUCAGGUCUGAGCCCGGGGAGCAAAGCGCCGCCUCGUAGCGUUCACCGAGUGAUUGGACAACCCGAGAGACGAGCCAGGAAAGCACCGAAGUGCACAGAGAGAGAGAGGCAGGGGGAAGCCGUGGACAGUCUCACUAAACAGCGAUCAGUUUCGGCUCCUGGAGGAUGUCUGCGACCACAGUCGAUCAGAGACCUAAAGGACAAGGAAAUAAAGUGCAAAACGGAUCAAUGCAUCAAAAGGAUGGUGUGAAUGAUGAUGAUUUUGAGCCUUACCUAAGCAGCCAGACAAAUCAGAGUAACAGCUAUCCACCAAUGUCUGAUCCCUACAUGCCCAGCUACUAUGCUCCAUCCAUUGGCUUCCCUUACUCUCUGGGAGAGGCUGCUUGGUCCACAGCAGGAGACCCUCCUAUGCCCUACCUAACUACCUAUGGACAGAUGAGCAAUGGUGAGCCUCACUUCAUCCCUGAUGGUGUGUUCAGCCAGCCAGGCGCCCUUGGGAACACUCCCCCCUUCCUCGGCCAGCAUGGCUUCAAUUUCUUUCCUGGCAAUGCAGACUUUUCCACUUGGGGUACCAGUGUCUCUCAGGGUCAGUCCACGCAGAGCUCAGUCUAUAGUAACAGCUAUGGGUACGCUCCCAGCUCGCUGGGUCGGGCCAUUACGGACGGACAGGCGGGUUUUGGAAGUGACACCCAGCUCAGUAAGGUCCCAGUGCUGAACAGCAUCGAGCAGGGUAUGGCGGGGUUAAAACUGGGUACGGACAUGGUGGCAGCUGUCACCAAAACCGUGGGCUCGCCCUUAGGAGGCACAGCAGGUAUGAGCAGCAUGGCAGCCAAUAACCUUCCUCCGUCUGUCAGCUCAUCCGCACCUAAACCUGCCUCCUGGGCAGCCAUUGCCAAGAAGCCGGCCAAGCCACAGCCCAAGGUCAAACCCAAAGCCAACAUGGGGAUGGGGGGAGGUGUCACCAUUCCCCCACCCCCCAUAAAGCACAAUAUGAACAUUGGUACUUGGGACGAUAAGGGCUCUCUGAACAAGCCCCCAUUAGCUCAGACUAUGAUGCCCCCGCAGCCUCUGGUGCAGCAGCCUCUCCUAGCUCAGCCCCAGGCCUUACUGCAGAACCCAUUGCCCCCUCAGCCUCAACACCAACACCAGCACCAACACCAACACCAGCCCUUCCAGCUCCAGUCUCUCCAGUCCCCCCAACAUCCUCAGCCCCUCCCUCCUGGCCCUCCACACCUUCACCUCACCUCUCAACCUGGCCCCCCGCAGCCCCUUCAUCAGCAGCAACCCCAGCAGCCUGGCCCGCCUCCCAACCGUUGGGUGGCUCCCAGGAACCGGGGUGAGGGCUUCGGUCUGGGUGGGGGAGUCCCACUGAGUGCCUCCCCUUGCUCUGGAGAAGUGCAUCCUGUGCUGGAGAAACUCCGUGCCCUCAACAACUACAACCCCAAAGACUUUGACUGGAACUUGAAAAACGGACGUGUUUUCAUUAUCAAGAGCUAUUCGGAAGAUGACAUCCACCGCUCAAUCAAGUACUCUAUCUGGUGCAGCACAGAACACGGCAACAAGCGCCUGGAUGGUGCCUACCGCUCACUGGGCAGCAAGGGGCCCUUGUACCUGUUGUUCAGCGUCAACGGCAGUGGGCACUUCUGUGGCGUGGCCGAGAUGCGCUCACCGGUGGACUACAAUGCCUAUGCAGGCGUCUGGUCUCAGGACAAGUGGAAGGGCAAGUUUGAGGUGAAGUGGGUUUUCAUCAAAGAUGUGCCCAACAACCAGCUGCGACACAUCCGGCUGGAGAACAAUGACAACAAGCCAGUGACCAACUCCAGGGACACUCAGGAAGUGCCUCUGGAGAAGGCCAAACAAGUGCUUAAAAUUAUCGCCACUUACAAGCAUACCACCUCAAUCUUUGAUGACUUUGCACAUUAUGAGAAACGUCAGGAAGAGGAGGAGGCUCUGAGGAAGGAGCGCAAUAGAAAUAAACAGUAACCUUCAAGCAAGCUCUCUGCUAGAACUGCAACACUAAUGACAUAGGACCUUAAAUAAAAUUUGCCUAACCACAAGGAGGAAAGGCUCUCACAAUCUUUCCGCUGAAGACAACAAUGUAUCUGAACACUUGAACAUGACAAUAGAUGGACUCAUCUGUAUCCGUUGACUGGUGCAUCAAAAUCCUGUGUUCCUGUCUCACGAGAAAACGAACAUAACCCACUUUGAAAACUCUGUCUUGAAAGCACUUUCAGUCUACCAAUACCCUUAACUCUCUAACUCUGUGUUUCUUCUUCUUUAAUUUUGUUUGUGAGCAACUAACUGACUAACCAGAGUAGUCAGAAGAUUUCACCGGGCUUAUUUGUAAUUUUUUUUUUUUUUUUUAAAGCCUCAAAUGUUUGGGAUAUUGGUGAGCUCCAUGGCGCUUGAAGAGAAUUAAAGAUGAUAUGUAUAAAUUAAUCUUUUACUUGAAUCUGUAUUCAGCCAUCUGAUCCUUCUCAGACAGAGGCUGUUGGAUGAUUGACAGGUGGGACGAAUUAAUUGGGAAACAGCCACAAUCAUGCCAAUCACAGGAUGUAUCCUCCCUCUACCUGUUCCCUUCCUUUCUGCAUCUGUUUCCGUGUACCAAAAGAUUACAAUUAUGCAGCAGGCUGGCGAGUGCCGGCCAGUGCACAUCUUUGUUUUUUUUUUUCUUUUCUCUCUCUUGUGAUUCUGUCAUUCUGAAGUGCAUUUGUCUGAGGAGAAACCUGCUGCUCUGGUAGAACUAGCGGUGGCCUCCUUGGGCCCUGUGGGUGACUGUCUUUGCUCUGAUGUUGAUGUACUCUACCGUACCUCAGGCUCAAUCAGACUGUCUGUCCUCAACAACUCUUAGCACUUUUGGGAGAAUCCCCACAUCGUCCUGCUUGCUUGGCUUGACUUGGGAUUCCCCCAAAACGGCAAGACAUCAACUGCAAGGAUGUGACAGUUUUCUCCUCUAGGUAACUCACUAGCUAAAUAAAAAUUACCCAUGUUUAGCGCAAA